GUGUGUUAUGUAAUUGUGUUGUACUGUUUAUACUUCUAAAAGAAACACGAGUUUCCCGCCAAAUCGAAAUAACGUAUGUUUCUUGUAAUUGUAAAAAAUGGAUACGUCUGAAGAAACACCGCAAAGUGAAUAUAUAUUACGACCAAUGAAUUGUGAGUUAAAUCAACUUUCUAUGCCUGAUGGAUCAGCUAUGCUCAUGCAAGGAAGUACGGCAGUAAUUGCCGGAAUUUAUGGACCAGUAGAAGCAAAACCACAAAAAAUGAUUUAUGAUAAAGCAUCAGUUGAAGUAUCGUACAGUCCUAUCAAAGGUCCAACGAAGGUGGAUGACAGAAUGACAGAAAUGUAUGUCAAAGAAACCUGUGAGGCUGCAAUAAUUGUCACUUUUCAUCCAGCAACUGCUAUAUGCAUUAAUGUACAGGAAUUAGAAGAUUCUGGUGGAAUGUUGGGUUGUACAAUAAAUGCAGCUUGUUUGGCGCUUAUUAAUGCUGGCAUUCCAAUGAAAUUUACUAUUGCAGCAAUAAAUUGUAUGAUACAGGAAGGCAGUGAAGAUAUCAUACUAGAUCCUGACAAUACUCAAUUACAGGAGGCCAAAGCAGAAUUUACAUUUGCAUUUGAUAGUAUGGACAAAAAUGUUAUAUGCUGUUACACUACUGGUUGUUUUACAGAGACAGAAUUUUUAAAAGCAAUGGACAGAUGUAAACAAGCUAGCCAAUAUGUAUUUGAUUUCUAUAGAAAUCUUGUAAAAAAGUAUGCAAAUGUGAUAUAACACGUAAUUUUGUGGAAUCUAAUGUUCUAAGUCAUUUUUUCUGAGGUGAAUGAUCCCGAUAAAAAAUAAGUUUUCCAUUAUAAUAACGAAUAACUUAUUUUGGUUUUUUCGAUUUAUUUCUUUUUAUUAUUGUUUUCUGUUUCAUCUACAAUAGUAAUAUAUAAUUAUCUAGUUAAACUCCCAUAUGAUUUCAAAUCAUGAAAGAUGUAUUUCAAAUAUCAAGUUCUCAACUAUAACCGAUUGGUGAUUGGCACUAAUUAACAUGUGUCAAACAUAACAAAUUAUAUAUUAAACUUUUAUUUUUACGUUUUUUUCUUUAUAACUACAGUAUCGCGUAUGUACGUGCUUCUUAUUUUCUAAUGUCCGUGAUUUAUUUAAAAAUGUCUGCCGUUUUUAUUUCAAGCAAAUAAUAGAGGGCGUAAUAAAACUUCGUCAGUAUUUCAGAACACGUUAUACAAAUACGAAAUCCUGCAAGACACAAAAUUUAUUCUGUUCUUCAUUCGUAAUUCUGUAUCGUAUUCGUAAUAAAGUAUUCGUUGAAUUUUCGUUUCUGGCGCAUUCACGGCAUUGUGCCUGUGUUUCUGAUGCAUUCACUACUUGAUCAAUUUCGGUCAUUUUACUGAUGUAGUUCCCCAACUCACCGUUGUUUAAAUUACAAACGAGUUGUGUGUCGGUAUUUCAGGUCACGAGCUACGAAAUCUGGUAAAAUGCUUGGUGUAUUCAUGUACCUCGUCUGUACUUCUGUUUAAAGCUAAUCGUUUUAGCUGCAGAUGGCUCCACCAAUUUCUCUGCAAGGUGCUGCGCUCUAUCGGAAACUUUAGUCACUAAUUUGUGUUCGCGUUUGUUGGUCGUCGCGUUCAAAUAAAAUUUCGUUUUCGCGUCAUUUUCGUGUUAUAAAUCACAGUUUAAUCCCUACUACACGUAAGUUACACUAUGUAAUCAGAAUAAUUAUUUACUGUUGUCAUUUCCCGCAAUAGAAUUCUUUAUUACAAUAAUAUUUCUCUUUAUAUUCAGAUCACCAUUAGAAUCAACUGAGAGACAUUUGUAA